AUGUCUAAACAAACAUGCAAGAAGUCCACUGGUGGCACCACGCCACGAAUUGCCUUGUCGUUGCCAGCAUCUACUGGAGUGGUCACUGCGCCGGGUGAGCUGAAUGUGAGAGAGCCGUCUGAACACAACAAGUUUUGUCUCAUCUGCAGAGACGGUUCUGUAGGGGAAGAUUGCCUCUUCCUCUGCAGCACCUGUCCGUGGGUGAUGUGUUCAAACUGCAUGAACAUCCCGCCUGCCAGUGCAUGCAUGGUGCAGGCCAAUGACGUCACGUUCAUCUGCAUAUCUUGCCACAUUGGCAUGGAACAACGCGGGUGCGCAUCUCAGUUGCCCUAUUUUGGUUUUUACAGGAAGGGGCAGCCGCUCCUUCCUUCAUUCCUCCACAUUCGUGCUACAUUGGAGGUUUCACUCCAUUCCCAACUGUCUUUAGCACCCACGCUCAUGCUCCAUCUCGUCCUUGUCGACCACGACGUCACCGGCGGCUGUUUCAAACUGGCCUCCAAAUUCCUUCAGCCAUACUUCCCCAGUGGAGGGUUGGAAUUUCAGUCCGUCGCAUUCGACAUCGGCAAUGCCUCAAAGAUCGACGAGUACCGGUUGCAGGCGACUGCCAUCGUCCAGUCGCUGAUGAGCUCCAACUGGGCUCGUGUCAUCGUCACCAUCACUAACCACACCGACAACGAGCAUGGGGAUCCGUUUAUUGGGUACAAGGGCAACAAGAAGUCAUAUGUUUCAGCACACGUUCACUCUGUUCUCGAUGUUCUGCUUUCACCUUGGCAUCCCCUGAUUCAUGGUGCCGCGGAAUCAUACUUAUGGCUGUUUUCGUGUGGCGCACUCAUCAACAACGUCACUUCCUUUUCAGGCUUGCAACAGGCGGUCAUAAAUCAUCACAUCACAGCCACUAUUGGCUUUAAUGCUGUUCAUUUUCAGCCAAGUUUCGCCACGCACCUUUUGCUCGCAUUUGCGGAGCUGGUCAUCAUCGAGUGUUUGCCCAUUCACACCAUCUUCCCUGACAUGUUGGGCCAGUCCUACAAACUUGGGCACCACACUGAUGCGUUCUUGCUGAUGCCUGACAACUCAGGUUCGUUGGCCAUUACCAAGUUCGCCUGGACGCAUUCUGAACUUUGCCCUUGGGGUCAGUACCUGCCAGUACAGUGCCCACAGUGUGGGUGGAGUAAUGCCUGGUGUUCUGUCAACAUGCACAAAUAUUACAUCUUUGAAUGCAAGAAUGGCCAAUGUAGGAAAAAGAUCCUUUUGCCAGGCAAAAGACCUGGCUCCUGCUGGAUUUCGGUUGUCUUGAGGCCCAUGCCUGGUAUCCCUGAUGAGGAUGAGGAUUAG